AUGAUCAUAACCUACUUGACUAUUGGUUGGGAAUCGCACCAAAUCAAAAAUUUGUACUAUGUGUAUGCGGUUGUAAUGGUAAGUUGGGAAAGGUAAAGUUAAAUGGACAUGACACGUUGUGUGGUCAUUUUGAAGCAAAAAAGUGUUGAACAUUACGUUUUAUAGACAUUUUUAGGCCUAAAAGUCUUGAGCAUCUACAUCAUUCAACUGUUUCAGAUCAUCUCCUUAUGCAUCCUGACAGUAACUCUCUACCACUACAUGAAACACACAAUAUAUUACCUAAGACGAAACCCACGACUCGUCGGAGAUGAGGAACAGAUCUGGGACGCCUAUCAACUGGCAUGUGGCCGCCUUCUGGCCGGCUUCGUCUGCUACAUGUUCAUCGUCUUACAUGCCUUCUUCUUCUACAUUGUAUUUCGCGACUUUCGCUAUGUGAGAGAAUAUCCAAGAUGGCAGAAUGCAAUAAAAGAAAUGGUUACGGAAGAUUCAAUGACAACAAGAUCCAGGUCCAAGUCCGGACAAAUUAUGUGA